AUGUGGCUGUGGUCAUGGUUUCUGGAUAAAUGUCUAUUAAUAUUUCAAUAUUUGUUAAUUCAAUAUAAAGGUAUUCGUUUUAAUUAUGAUGGAAAAUAUGCAAUUAAACAUCAAACAAAUCGUAAAACAUUAUUUAAUAUAUUAAAAAAAAAUAAAAAUACAAAAUUUUUAAUUGAUCAACGUCAAAAAGUUAAUUUUAAUAAAGAUCAAGAUAUAAAAAGUAUUGAAGAUUUCAAAAAAUUAUUUCCAAAAUAUACAACAUAUUCGGAUUAUAGAUCUUAUGUUACUGAAAUUAUGAAUGAUGGUCAUUCAACAAAUAUUAUGAGUAUUGACUAUCCAAUUGCAUUAACAAAUACAAGUGGAACAAGUGGAGAUCCAAAACAUUUUCCAGUUUAUUUUCUUGAUAUCAAUGAAGCAUAUGCUAUAUCUUAUAUGUUAACAAAAACCAUACCAUUCAAUUUUUUCAAUGGUUGUAAAUCAAUAUCAUUAAACAGUUUAAAAUAUGAGACACAUGUAACCAAAGAUAAUUUAAAAAAAUAUAAAAAGAGUGCCAUAACAGCAAUUGCAGCACGUGAAAAACAAAAUAUUGAAACAAUAUUAAAAUUUAAUCAAAAUAUUGUACCACCAAUUAUAUUAAAUGAAAUAGCACAUCAAAAUGAUUUAUUUUUAUUGAUAUCAAUAUGGUCAUUACAAUCUAAAGAUUUAGAAUUUAUAUCGUCAACAUUUAUUAUGGCAAUAGUACAUUUUUUUACAUUUAUCGAGCAAAAAUUUGAUUUAAUUUGCAAACAUAUUGAACUGGGUACAAUACCAGCCGAUGAAUCAUUAUCAUUACCGUUAUCAAUUGAUGUACGUCUUGCCUUAGAAUCAACAGAAUAUCAUUUAUCACCAAAUCCAAGUCGUGCACAAGAAUUACGUAAAAUUGUUGAUGAAAAUGGUUUUCAUCAUGUUAACACACGUUUCUGGCCUAAUUUAAAAUGUGGAAUAUGUAUAAUAAGUCAAAGUAUUCGACAAUUUGAAUUAAAAUUAUUAUCGACCUAUUGGAAUCCUGAUAUACCAAUAUUUCCAUAUGUUUAUGGUAUGAGUGAACAUCAUCGUAUUGCAAUACCAUUAAAACAAAAUUCAUAUGAUUUAAUACCAUUACCACGUUCUGUUUAUUAUGAAUUUAUUGAGCUGAAAGAUGAUGAUGAUGAUGAUGACGAUGAUGAUGAUAAGCAGCCAUCAGAGUCAUUUGAAUUACAUCAAGUUGAAAAGGACAAAUAUUAUGAAGUUUUAUUAACAACAUAUGAUGGUUUAUAUCGUUAUAGAACAGAAGAUAUUAUUAAAAUAACGGGACACUAUUAUUCAUUGCCAACAUGGCAACUGAUUGGAAGACAUGGUCAAUAUUUAUCCGUUGCAGGUGAACAUAUAACUGAAAUUGAUUUACGUGAUAUACUAAAUUCAAUAUUACCUGAAUAUGAACAAGAAUUUACUAAUUCAUCACCGCAAUAUUCGAUUUUUCUUGAUAAAAAAUCUUAUGUUCUAGCUAUGGAAGUCGAUGAAGAUAAAGAAGACAAUAAAGAUCGAUUAACACAAAUUGGUAAAGAAUUAUGUACAAAAUUCGAUCAAAAGUUAAAAGAAUCUAAUGAAGACUAUCAAAUAUAUCGUGAUAAACAGAAGAUAUCAUCACCAAUUUUAUUAUGGUUAAAAUAUAAUACAUUAACAACUGGUAUAAGAGAAUUUCGUUUAGAUCCAAAAUACAUGGGUUCUCAUGGUUCUAAAAUACAAAUCUCAAAUCAAUUAAAAUCACAAUUGAUUAUAAACAGUAGAAGUAAAAAAAUUAUUGACUUUAUAAAAAGCAAUGUUGUAUUAAAAGUCAAUUAA